CUCUGCCCAAACACUUCAACGUUUCGAAUACAUUAUUGAAGAACAUGGCUGGGUUCUCUGAGAUCUUCGGGUCAAAAAAGUGCUGUAUCUUAGAUGGCGGCCUGGGUACAACGCUGGAGGAUAUCUUUCACAAGAAUGUUUCAAACACUUCCCUUUGGUCCGCUAAACCUAUUGAUGAGGAUCCCGAGAUCAUGAUCCAAACACAUCUGGCAUUUCUGCGUGCCGGAGCCCGAGUGAUCUCAACGUCGACGUAUCAAUGUGCGUUCGAAACCUUCGAGGAUGCCGGAUAUUCGCGAAACGAUGCUGCGCGCCUCAUGCGAAAAUCCGUCGAACUCGCAGCGGAAGCGCGAAGCAGAUAUGUCGACGUAGCGAACGGCAUACGUCGCAAAGAUGUCAAGAUCGCGCUAUCACUGGGGCCAUACGGUGCAACGCUCACGCCUGCUCAGGAGUUCGAUGGAUUCUAUCCGUUACCGUUUGGGCCUCAGGAGUACUCUACCUCGCGACCGAACCGAAACACGUUCACGAAGGAGGAGCGAGCGGCAGGCAAAGCUACUAUGGCCAUCGACGCGUUGACAGACUUUCACCUUCAGAGACUGCGCGUAUUUGCCAACGACAUCGAUACCUGGGCCACUAUCGACUGCAUCGCGUUCGAGACCGUACCCCUAGUGCGCGAGAUCACGGCGAUUAGGGGUGCGAUGGCGCUGCUGGAGGAAGAGCUGAAGCCCCGAGCUCAGCGAUUUCCUUGGAAGCCAUGGUGGAUCAGCACUGUGUGGCCGGAGGGUCGGUACCCACAAAGCAUCAGGCCAGAUGGAGUACCGAUGACCGUCAAGGACGUCGUCGCGUUCCUCUUGAGCAGCGGGUCGGGCGAGUUGAAGCAUGUCGCAGUUGGCAAGACGAAUGUUCCAGAUGGAUUGGGCAUCAAUUGCACGCGCAUGGAGCAUCUAUCCACCAUCCGGAUGGAGAUGGAAGCUGCGGUAGUAGACCUCAAGGGUGAGGAUGCGAAACCGUGGUUCGUCGUGUAUCCGAAUGGAGGAGAGACUUACGAUCCUGUUUCUCGCACGUGGAUUAAGGAGGAAGACCCACAGCACAAAAGUGAAAGUUGGGCAACGGGUUUAGGUGACUUGGUUGACGAGGCUAGAAACAGCGGAGUAUGGGACGGCGUCAUUGUGGGCGGUUGCUGCAAAACGGGCCCUGCGGAAAUCCAGGCGUUAUCGAGGCGUUGGGAAAUAUAG